CAUUGUUCGAUCGAUUUAUCCAGCAGCUGUCAUUGUGACAGAUGCUGAUUUUGUUUUCGAUUUUCCGUGAAAAUAACUACGGAAAAACUAAAUUAAAAUGUCUGAAAUGGAAGUUACAGAGACUGAAAAUGAUUGCUCAAAUGAUCUGCUUCUUUUGGAUCGUGUUUUCUUAAGGCUGGGAAAUGCAGACUCUGACGACCAGCUCGAGAGCUGCCUUAACCGGUUCCUGCCACCUGUUAUCCUCAAACUAUCGUCUCCCCAUGAGCAGGUCCGCACCAAGGUGAUGGAGUUGCUGGUGCACGUGAACAAGCGCGUGAAGUGCCGCGCGGAUGUGCAGCUGCCCGUGCAGACACUGCUUUCACUGUACCGGGACCCUAAGGCCAACAGCUUCAUCAUUAAUUUCACAAUAAUUUACAUCACAAUGGGGUUCCCACGUCUGCCAAAGGACCAGCAGUUAGCUCUAGCUCCAUCGCUACUAGAAGCCAUUGAGAACAAACCACAAGGACAUCAAGAUGGAAUACUGAUGUUGGUGAUGCCACUACUAGGCUCAAUCAAAGAAACUGAUUUGAAUUUAAAAGAAAAACCAAAAGUAGCAAACCUAAUUUUGAAGUUUGCAAAUGAUAUUCUGCUGCUUCCAUACAGAGCUUUGCCAAAUUCCGGAGAGAGUGAAUUCCAAGUGCCGCCAGGCAUGAGCAUGAAGACAUACAAGAGGAUUGUCGACAAACAUGUCAUGAACGCCAACCAACUGGAAGAGAUGAAACUAUCCAUAGUGAACUUCAUAAGCAAGGACAUAUUCAACGGCAGCGACAUCCUGCUGCCGCUGAUCGUGGCCGCCGCCGACUCGCGCUUCAGCGUCGCCAACCACGCCAACAGCCCGCUCAUCAGAGUCACCAGUUCCGUAGACUGGUCGCUCCCAUCAGUGGUGGGGCCUCUCUACUCCCUGUAUCUCGGGACGUGGGGCGGCAUGAAAGUACUACCUGACGAUAAAAAGGUACCAGCGUGCACUAGACUCCGGUUGAAACUCAUCCAGUACCUCAACAAAGCGACAGGCCCCGCCGUCAUGUUCCCACAUUGCGUACAGGUUGUAUUCUCGUCGCUGUUCGAUCCCAACUCGAACUCGCGUCUCCGCAACCUGGCGCUAAUUAAUCUCCUCAACGUCAUUCAAAAUGGCGAUGAAACGCAGCUGAAGAAAGUGUCGACAGUGUUCCUGCAAGGACUGCUGAAGCUGAUCAGAUCGGAGGAGCACGCGGAGCAACAGGCGAAGGCGUACUUGUGCUUGGGAAGACUAGCCAUGAAGUACCCCGAGUGCGUGAACAACCAGUUCUCUCUCCUCGAGGAGCUGGUGAAGAAGAUCCCGGACGCCGUGCCCGAGAUGCGCACGGCGCUCCGGGACGCGCUGCUGGAAAUGGCCGUCGCCUACAGGAUCAACCCUGACGCUCCUACAGAGAAGCCCGAACCGAUGGACAUAUCUCCUUCAGAAGAGUCUGCCGGUUCGUCCGCUGACCGAGUCAGCAUGGACACAGACGAAGCUUCGGAGAGCAAGAAACAGAAGACCUCGGCUUUCGACGAGCCCCAGGCGCUGGCGCUCUUCGCUUUAUUGGAGCACUACAUGCACAGUGAAGAGUCAAUGAUCAGAUACAUAGCUAUGAGGUAUUCGGCCGCCGUGUUCCCUCAAGACUACAUUCCGUCGAGAUAUCUACUGCUUCUAGCAAGUGGUGACAGUCAAGACGACAUCUCAACAGAAGCUCGCAAGUGUCUAUACGGCACUUCCCGACCGAGCGAAAUUGAGGACGUCAUCAACAACGUCACCAAAGAAACAACCACCGUACACAUAGACGACGCAGAUUCUAAGAACAAAAAUAACACAGAGCCAGUGCAAGAAUUCAAAGUGCCAAAGUUCAAAAGCAUGGUGAAUUACAUCUGGGAACAAAUGCAGAAGAGGAAGAAAGGGUCGAAUGCUAAGCAUAGGUUCGUGAUUAGUAACCAAGUGUUGCAGUUUCACCCUAUCACAUACCAAGAGAUACUCCGGUACUUACGAAUGUGUCUAAACUACGAUGCGCAGCUAAAGGACUGCUCCAACCACCCCAACGCGACGUCGCCGCUGCUCUCCAAGUAUUUUUACGAGAAUCUACUGGACACGGAGGUUCUGGAGCAAUACCUCACUAUGAUUACUUCGUUGUUGAGCGCUAGUCCAGAUCUCAUGCCUCUAACCUCCUUCUUAGACAUUGUGGGAUGCGUGCCCGACAAAAUGGCGCCGAAAUACAAACAUUUGCUGCCGUUCUUAAAGAACCUCUACACCAAUAGCACUAAGGAGGAGAUUCGCGAAGCGGCCGCGUUAAUUUACGCCAUUAUAUCCGUUCAUACUUCAGAGAAACGGGCCAUAGAUAAUGAGAUCAAGGAGUUUGUGUCACAGAGUUUGAACAACAAGAGUUUGGAGGCGCAGUGUGGUUAUACGUCCGCGUUUGCGAAUAUUUGCGAGCGGUGUAUCAGUCUGUCGAAGAAUGGCAAGUUUGGUGGCAAAGGGUUUUCGCCUAAAACUUGGGAGCCGUAUCAAGAGGGGGCUGUCGUUUUAGCCAACUUCCUGGCAAGCCCUCAGCCUCUACUAGUGAAUGUGGGCUGUGAGAACAUCGCCUUACUAGCGCGAUGCAGCGGGCUCCCACUCACAGACAUCACACCGGAACAAACCGCCUUAACAGCCGAAGAAAACCCAUUCAACAUCGGCAAGCACUCAGAAACCAACCUCAAGACCACUACUACAGAAGUCACAAAGUUCACUGUGGCAGAGAGGUUGUUUGGUAUUGUGGGUAGUCCCAAGCUUCCUUCUAAGACUAAGGAGAAAGCGUUGUAUACGCUGGGCUUGAUGUGCUGUGGAGAGAGGUUGUCGUUUGCGGAAGCUAUUGUCAAAGGAUUUCUGCAGAUGGCUAAAGAUAGCAAAGAGUUUGAAAUCCAUCUUCAGAUUGGUGAGUCGCUAGUGCUGUGCGUUGAGGGUGUCAACUCAAAUGAAAACAGAGAUCUUUGGACUGAGCUGCCGAGAGAGGGCUCGGCAAAGGUCCGAGACGCUAUGGCGCUGGAGCAGAACGACAAGCUGCUGGACUGGCUGCUGCAGAAGCUGUUCGACAUCGCGAAACUGCCGCACCCGCAUUCUAGACAGGCGACCAGCAUCUGGCUGCUGGCGCUGCUGAAGAACUGCCCUGCGCGCGCGCCGCUCGCGAGCCGCCUGCAGCCGCUGCAGGACGUGUUCAUGGACUUGCUGUCCGAGAACAGCGAGGUAGUCCAAGACGUGGCGAGCAAGGGCCUCAGCCUCGUGUACCAGAACUCUGCAGAGAGCCAGAAAAGGGCGCUACUGGACCAGAUCAUAGAGCAGCUGACCAGCGGGAAGAGAUCCGUGGCGCAGGUCACCGACGACACCAAGAUCUUUGAGGAGGGACAGCUCGGGAAGGCUCCUACUGGCGGCAACUUAUCUACCUACAAGGAGCUAUGUUCACUCGCUUCGGACCUCAACCAGCCGGACCUUUUGUACAAGUUCAUGCACCUCGCGCACCACAACUCCGUCUGGAACUCCAAGAAAGGCGCAGCGUUCGGCUUCCAGUCGAUCGCGGUACAAGCGGGGUCGCAGUUAUCGGAACAGCUGCCUCGCAUCGUGCCGCGCCUGUACCGCUACCGGUUCGACCCGACGCCGCGCAUCCAGCACUCCAUGACCAGCAUCUGGCACGCGCUCGUCAGCAACACGCACGCCACUGUCCAGAAAUACCACAAAGAGAUCCUCGACGACCUCAUCACGAACCUCACCUCCCCGCAAUGGCGGGUCCGAUCAUCCUGCUGUGGCGCCGUGUCGGAGCUGCUCGGGGGGCUGCCCGGGCUGGCGGGCGUGUCCCCGCGGCUGCCCGAGCUGUGGGCGCGGCUGUUCCGCGUCAUGGACGACGUGCACGAGGCCACGCGGCACGCGGCCACCGCGGCCGCCAAUACACUGUCUAAGGUGUGCCUGAGGGCGACCGACGUGAGUCAGGGCAAGGACGGGCGCAUCGUCUUGUCCGCCAUAUUGCCUGUUCUGCUGGAGAAUGGCAUCACUAAUGUGGUGCGAGAAGUCAGGAAUAUCAGCCUCCAAACAGUCUCCAAACUAGUCACCACAGCGGGAGAGAGCCUCAAACCCUUCCUUCCGAACCUCAUCCCAGCUUUAGUAACCGCGGCCGGUGAACUGGAGUCCGCUAAGCUGUCCUACCUGAGUACUGCGCUGGGCAGCGACCAUGACACACGGGAAAUGUUGGACGAUAUGAGAGCUAAUGCUGCCAGGCAUCAUUACACUACUGAUACUGUUGUUAAGUGCAUGCCGUACAUCGACAUCCAAGUCAUGACAGAAACUCUUCCGAAAAUGUUAGAGCUAACAAAAUCACCCCAACUGGGCACCAAAGUGGCUUGCUGUCAUUUCUUCAUUCUGGUCACACACAACUUAAGACAAGAACUGGAGCCGAUAGCUGGCAAGAUCAUGUCCACUCUACUGAACGGAUCCUUCGAUAGAAAUGCGACGGUCCGGAAGAAUUAUACGGAAGCUCUGGGACAGAUUUCUGCGUAUGCUAAGAGUUCCUCAGUAGAAAAACUCAUGAAGAAACUUGUGAACAUAUACGAGACAAAAGACGAUAAUAUCUCAAAGUCGGUUGUGGCGCUGAUACUGAAGUCCGUCUCCAAAGCCAAAAUAGAGCUGAUCAAAGACAACGAAGAGAUCAUUGCGCCAAUGGUGUUCCUCGCCAUGCAUGCACCUAAAGAUGAUGAAUCCACAGCAACAGUGGAGAUGUUCUCGGAGCUGUGGACGGACAUCAGCCCGGGGCGCGAGGCGGGGCUGCGGCGGCACCUGCCCGCCGUCCGCGCGCGCGUGGAGGCCGCGCUCGCCUCCAGCAGCUGGACGCAGAAAGUGCAGGCGGCCAGUGCAAUUAAGACGAUAUGCCACGAUGCCGCCAGCGCAAUAAAGACGAUCUGCCGCGACGCGGGCGGGCUCGGCGCUCAGAGAGAGCAACUAGUGAGAGCCCUACUGGCAGCAGUCGCCGGCAAGACCUUCGACGGCAAGCAGCACGUGCUGCACGCGCUGGCCGACCUGUGCGAAGUGAAGGAGGGCGAAGAACCUUUAUCCCCGAGCUUAUCCGAAGACUGUCUGACCGCGCUACUCCAGGAGUCCCGCAAACAAGAGGUGGUGUACAAGCGACACGCGAUCACGGCGCUCGGGAACGCUCUAGCGGCGACUAAGGGCGACAAGUUCCAUCAGUUGUACGAUAUUGUGAAGGUUAUAUUGUCUAAGAACGAGCUCUUAACGGACAAAGACUCGGACUCGGACGAGGACAGCGCGGGCGCGCGGCGGCGACGCGAGCAGCUCACGCAGCUCAAGGAGGCCGCCUACGAGCUGCUGGGCAAGGCGUGGCCCGCCAAUCCGGACACGCAGGAAAAAUACCAAGAGAAGUUCUUCGAGCACUGCUCCUCUUCAUACCCGGGCAGUUCCCGCUCGACCCAGCUCUCCAUCCUCACGGCCAUGACGCGCGUGUUGGAGAGGCUGGCGGUGCUGAGUAGUGACCAGAUGGAGGUGGAUAGUAGCGGACGGGAGCAGGCCGUGGCCAGCGUCACUGCGCACGUCGCGGCUGUGGUGGACUUUACACUUAAAAACAGUAAUCAAGUGAGGCACAGGCGAGACGCACUGAAUAUAAUGGACAUCCUGAUCAAAAAACUGAAAGAACUGAAAUAUGAAGAUGAAGUCAACAAAUUGAAGGCAAUUUAUCAAACAUACGCGGCAGAUUUAUCAAAGGAUUCUUCACACGAAAUUAGGGCCAAGUUGGACGACAUAAAAGUACAGCUCAAAUGAAUUUACUUACAUAAAUGUAUACCUCAUAAGUAUUUCUUAUUUAUUACAUUGAAUAUAAAAUGUAUAAUUCAAUAAAAUGAGAAUUAAAA